AUGGAUGCUGUGAUCUCAAAAACUGGUGGAGCUUUUUUCGUUGAUGGUCUAGGAGGUACAGGCAAGACAUUCUUAUACAGGGCACUCUUAGCAACCGUAAAAGGAAGAGGUGAAAUUGGUGUUCCGACAGCAACCUCUGGAAUUGCAGCGACGUUGUUGCAUCAGGGAAGAACAUCGCACUCAACUUUUCAGCUCCCAUUGCAACCUGAUAACAACUCAACUUGCUCAUUCACCAAACGUUCUAAAACUGCCACUUUACUAAAGCACUCUUCCAUAAUUAUAUGGGAUGAGGCUCCAAUGACACAUAGAUAUCAUUUUGAAGCCGUUGAUCGUUCACUGAAAGACCUAAUGGAAAAUGACUUACCAUUUGGAGGAAAAAUUAUUGUGUUUGGUGGUGAUUUCAGACAAGUGUUACCAGUGGUUCGAAACGGAACAAGAGCACAAAUGAUCGAUGCGUCAUUUGUCAAGUCCCCUAUUUGGAGACACGUCAGUAUUUUGCAUUUGAGAGAAAAUAUGAGAACAAGAGAUGAUAGCGCAUUUGCUACUCGACUGCUCUCAAUUGGGAAUGGAGAUGAACCAACCGUGUCAGAUCACACGAUAAAACUCCCAAACCAUAUGGGCCAUCAUCACACCCUCAACGAAGAUGCUGACAAGAUUAAUGAUAAGGUUGUUGAGAAAUUUCUCGGAGAAGGAAAAACAUACUAUUCGAUUGAUUCUGUUCCCGAAGAUAGGAGAAAUUUGUAUCAGCAAGAGUUUCUGAAUUCAAUUUCAGCUUCGGGAUUGCCUCCUCAUGCUCUCACUUUGAAACCUAGGGUACCCUUAAUGCUGUUGAGAAACAUCGAUCCUAAGAAUGGGCUUUGCAAUGGAACACGAUUGCUUUGUCGUGGACUAAAGGAUCAUUUUAUAGAUGCUGAGAUUUUAACAGGGCAUUCUAGGGGAAGCAGAGUUUUCCUGCCCAGAAUUCCAUUAAAGAGUGCUGAAGAUAUAAAAUUGCCAUUUGAGCUGGUUAGAAAGCAGUUUCCAGUGAAAGUUAGUUUUGCCUUGACAAUAAACAAGUCUCAGGGGUAA